AACUUACAAAAAAUGUAGGAAUACAUAUACAUUAUCGGCUUAGAGUUGAUGACAAUAUGAUUUCUGAUUCAUUAUCACAACAAAACAGCCUUACGAUCUUAAUGCAAAAUGCACGUCAAACCUGA